UCUUUAAAAAGUGUUGCACAGGUAAAAAAAAUACGUACGUUUCUUCCGUGUUUUUAUUUUACACUCGUUUGUUGAGACGAAAUUAAAUAAAGCAAAGAAUUAACAAUGAAGUAAACAACAUAUAUAUUUGUAACAUAUUUCCAGUGCAAUAAGGGUGCUUGAUCUUAUGUUAUUAGUUAUUACUGUCGUAAUGGUACAUCUCGAUAGUUCGUUAUGAAUGAAGAAGCAAUUUAGUGGAUAUCACUGACAAAGCAGUGGUUUUGUAAUAGUGUUAACUAAAUUAUGUACUAAAGUUACAAUGUCAUUAAAAGGUAAAACUCGGUCACCGAGGGCUAUGCCAAUUGAAGCAGUUGUAACAAGAUUCAAAUCGGCACAGCUUAAAAACAAACAAUGUUCCAAAACACUGCAAAAAAUCCAGUCUAAUAAACCGAAACCACCACCCAAGAUCAAGCCGAAAGCGAUUGACAAUUUAGAGUUUUAUCCGAACAAGUUGAAAAGAACGAUGGAUGUCAAAAAGAUUGUGUUAGCUCCGAAGCAUGAUUAUAAAGUGGUUGCUGGCAAAUGGAAUAAGAGAAAGCCGUGUGUACCUAGAAAAGAAUGUUACAACCAAAUUUAUAAUAGCGAAAGAUGCCCGUCACCGACACCCAUGCAAAGGGAGGAAACAAUAUCCGAGAUGAUAAAGCUCAUAGAAGACACUGGGAAUUUUGAUGAUGACGACCUGAUGGAAAUAUUGACCUGUCCAAGCCCUGUGUGGUGGGAGGAUCCUCCUGAUGGUUAUGUGGAAGAUCCCAUAUCCCGACUCACUCCAGAAAUCGUAGAUACUAAGCUCAUAGAAGAAGAAUCAAGCAAGGAAAAUAAGAUGAAGGAAGUAAGCAAAUUAGUUAAUGCGUCAUUUGAAGAAAACUCGUGUAGAGAAAUAUUUGAAAAUAAUCAGAAACUAAAUAUAAAUGUUAAAAUAGACGAUCCCAAAUUUAUCAAAAAGCGCGGUAAAUUGGAAUCGCUUUUAGGCAAUUUGAAAAACAAAAUCAAUAAGGUAACAAAUCCACUAAGUAAAGAAAUUGUAUGCGAUGCAAAAACAAAUCUCGCUUCAGAUUUGCUAAAUACAUCGUUGGAUGAGGAUACGAUAUUAAAUAGUUUAGAAAAUAUGGAAAUUCCUAUUGAUAAUUCUAGUACAUCUAAAUUUAACAAUAAUGAAACACCUAAUAUAAAUACAGAACAAAAUAAUCAAUUAGAUGUUGAUAAAGACUCUGAUGCAGAUAUUAAAAUAACGGAUGAUAUAUUAAAAGAUUCGGAUAAAACAAUAAAUAAAUUGAAUUCACUAAAAGAUAUUAAAGUUAAUGUUUUAAAAGACGCGUCAUUAAGCGCGCUGAAAUACCUUGAGACAGAUACGUCUGAUUUCGUCACAGUGUAUAAAAUUAUUAAUAAUGAUACCAUAGAUAAUAAAGAGUCGGAAAAGAGCGGGCAAAUUAAUUCUUAUUUUAAAAAUUGUAAAAAUGUUCGACGACACGCUAAGAGAAAUUUGGAGGGAACAGAUAAUAAAAAGUGUAUAGUCGUGUCUGACCAGGAAACUGUCAAAUAUUGCCUGAAAUGUUCCGCGAUUUUUGAUACAGAAGACUGUAUAUAUUGUAUGCAGAAAAUUAAGGCAAGCACAUGAUGUUUUCUUUUUUAUAUUUUCCGUCCAUAUUUCAUUUAGUUACUUUUCGUCAAAUGUUAUAGAUUACGUAUUAAACAAUUAUGUUUGAUAUUAAUAAUAGUCUGACAUUGUUUUUUUUUUAUUUUUGCGAUGUCUUUCAAAAUUUGAUGUAUUGUUUAUUCUUAGAAAAUAUUUUUUUGUUUCUAUGGAAAGAAAAUGUAUGAACGUCUAUUUUAUUGGAAUGGAUUUGCGUUUACUGAUUUGUUUUUUUAAGGGCUGGCAAAUAUUAUAUUAAGUUCAUUUUUUUAUACAUAAAAUGAUUUCAAACGUAUAC